AACACCAUGAUACCAAAGAAGAACAGGUAACCAACCGUGGCGCUCAUACGGUCUCCAAGGAAACUUAACUUUUCCUCUGUGCAAUGUACCAACAUGGAAAUGUGUUCUCUAACACAUUUUGUCAGAAAACAAAGAGAAAUCACCGACAUAGACAAGAAGAAGUUUGAAACGUAUCAUUCGUGUUCAGAGACCAGAGGGUCCGGGAUGCCAAGGCAAGCAGAGUUCAGUUCACAGGUUUAUGAGCUGUGUGACACGGACAAGAAAGGCUACCUGAACAGAGAAGACUUAAAAAUGGCGGUGGUCAUGCUGUUUGGAUAUAAACCAUCAAAGUCUGAAACCAACAUGUUAAUGGAUCAAGCCCAGGCAAAAGAUUCACCAGGGGUGUGUAUAGAGAUGUUUAUGUGUCUCAUGGGGAAGAAGUUGUCAUCAGAUGACCACUACCAGAAAACCAGACAGAUCUUCAACACCUUUGAUGUGAACUGUCGUGGUUUCCUGAAGCUGGAGGACUUUAGAACAGCCUUCAGUAGAGUGGCUCCUCGUCUGCCUGAGAGGACUGUCCUGGAGGCCUUCAGGCUGGCAGACCAGGAUAGUGAUGGCCACGUGAGCUUCAGAGACUUUGAGUGUGUCAUCAGCUAUGGACAGGCCAACAGCUAACUGAGAGUGGACACUCAGUUCCUCUCUCCGCCUUGGACUGGACAGUUUCGUUCUGGCCAACAUCUAAUAAAAAUCAACAAUGGAACAACUUGUGCAGAAUGCAUUUUGGAACCCACUGUUGACUUGCUUUUGUGCCACCUCUGCUACUUUGACAGAGAACCAGUGACCCAGCCACCUCUGUCUCCCUUUUUACCCCCCCCCCCUCUCUCUCUCUCACUCACUCACUCACUCACUCACUCACUCAACCCCAUUAAGCAGGUCCCAUCCCAUAAUCCCCUGCUCUCCCAAAUGCACUUCCACCUGAGAGAGAGGGGGAGGGAGAUAGGGAGAAGAGAAGGGAUGAAGGGGUAGGUUGCAUCCAAAUUGAAUAUUACCCCUGGUAGUAAUAAUAUAGGAUUUUUAAUCAGGCAGGGCUCCAGGACAGACCUAGCUGCGCCUGCAUAGCUUCUCUGUAUUAUAAAGCCCCGGUGAACAGGGUCAUAUUCAUUAGUGCACAAAGUAGUAAAACACAUUGCAACAGAACAUUCAAAAAAUAACUUAUUUGACAUGUUCAGGUAGUCCCUCCCAGGUUUCAGUACAUUUGGUGCCUGAUGAACAGGACCCAGGGCUGCUGCUCCAAAGGGGAUUUGCCAGCGCUAUUCUUGUUCCCGCCAAUUACAGGACUGUAAAUACAAUGUUUGUGUUCUGGAGAGAUUUAUGACGACGGCACUCCCAUCUGAAUAAAGAUUAAUUUGUUUUUGUA